CAGAAGGCAGAUGCAGGUAGAGUACCUAACAUUGGAUGUAGGUAGGCUAGGUACAUUUAUAAAAAGAACAUUGCUUUCAAACAGAGAUGCCUUUAGUUGGCUUUCAUCUAAGUGAGCUUUUUCAACAUCAAGUUGGAAUCACAUAUAAAUUUACAAUCUCAUUCUCCCUACCAUCGGCUUGCUUGUUGUUUUACUGAAAUCCUCCUCAAGCAACGCCCAUCUACACUCAUCUACACUCAUCUACACUCAUCAUGUGGCAACAGUUCUGCUUAGUGGCGCCUCGUGCCCGAAAAUAUCGGCAUUUCAGAGCCAAUCUUGAGCAGAUAUUAUUUGAACGUGAUUUGAUCGAAAAACUCGAAGACCUCGUCUAUCUCCUUGCCGUGCCCCUCAAGUCGCACCAGCGUACAAUCUCCUCUUCGGUUUACACCUCCCAAUAUACCAAUAUGAACAAUUCUCCUAUAGGGAUAUUUCGUUUGCCUCGCGAAAUCCACCUCAAAAUAUUUGCCGAACUUGCUGAUGCUAGAGAUUGUACUACACUUGGCCUCACCAGCGUAUAUUUCUGGAGUCUCGCACUCCCGGUCCUCCACGACAAAUGGGCCGCAUAUUUGGGUCCUUGGGCAGGAGAGAAAAUCGUCUGCGUUGGAGAUUUGGUCAAGGCCAAUGAUUACCCCCCUGGACUUUUCUCAGAUGCUGAGAUCCUCUCCUUCGACCAGCCUGAGAUAAGAGCAGCCCUUGAUCUUGGUAGUUUCUUUGACGAACCUAAGCCUGUAACAUUAUAUGACUUCAGCGUUUUCGUCAUGGGCCGCCAUCAACGCCUUGGAACUAUAUGGAAGGGCACAGAAGAAACAGAACUUCUCAUACGAUGCAUCAACAGUUUCGCCGACCAUAGCUUGGUAUUCAACGGACCACCAAAACAUGACUUCAAGAACUUUAAAGAGCACUGUUUCUAUCCACGGGAUCAACCGUGGGUCCUCCGUAACUUAACGACCAAGGAGUUCGUUCGAUCCGAGGCUAUCGCUCUGAAGCCAGAGUUCAUACAGGGGCCAAGAAUUCGAGGCAUAGGCUUCCCACACGUCAUCUUAUCUCGCAUCUGCUGGUCAUCAGUGCCAAAUGCCGAUAUAGGAGGCUUAACGGAGAUCACGAGAGGAGUUUGGGCAGGACAUUGUUUUGAUAUCACGCAGCUCUCAAAACAUAUCGAGAUGACUCGGGGAGAAACGUGGAUCGAUGUAAGCAGCGAAGUGAUGGAUGAUAUUUCUCGCAUCUGGGAGCGCAAGUAUGGACCUGAUUGGCAAGAGCGCGUUAUCGAGAACAUAGAGCGGUAGAGAAUCGUCUCGGGCCUGGAAAUAUCUGAUGACCUAUGAUUGCAAAUCUUCCAGUUACGAGUUGCUAGGCUCCUAUAGAUUGUGUUGGCUUCAUUGGCAAAGUCAUCUUUUGUUACAUCGUCUUCAUAUAGAUCGGGGACCUAAAUUUAAUAGGCUACUCCCUCCCUACGAAUAUAUGUUUCCUAGGCUUGAGAAGGAUUUCAGGGGGGCCAAAAUGAACGUAAGUAGGGUUAAACACGUAGUAAGUCCCCACCACAAAAUAUAGCCAUGGCAAGUAGUACUGUCCGGUCUUUUAAUCAUAGUGAAAAGAGUCUACUGAAAUGAAACGUACACAUUU